AAUGAAAGCGAAAUUGAAUUGGGGGCAAAUGCAACCAAAUGCAAAUGUUGCAAACCCUAGCACCCGCAAGGGCAGCAAAACCCUGUUUCAUGGUGAAUACAUCAUUGGCAUGGCUACGAAACUUGAAAGCGAGAGUGAGAGUGCGUGCAUUCUCUUUCUCCUCCUCCUCCUCCGACGAUUACGGAGACCAAUCACGCGGUGGCCUCCCCCGCUUCUACUCCGAAACUUUUCCUUCUUCCAAGGGUAGUGUUGUGCGUGUAAAAGGUGAUGAAUUUUGGCAUAUGACAAAAGUAUUGAGGCUGGGUGCCGAUGACAGGGUAGAGCUCUUCAACGGGAAGGGAGGUCUGGUAGAAGGAUGCAUACAGAACAUUGAUCGCACUGGACUUGAUUUUGUUGCACUGAAUGAUCCAAAGCUAAUACAUCCACAGAACAUGCAGUUGCAUGUAUUUGCUGGUUUUGGAACUUUGAAGGGUGGACGUGCUGACUGGCUUGUAGAGAAGUGCACAGAACUUGGAGCCAAUAGUGUAACUCCACUACUUACUGAACGUUCUCCAUCAAUCUCAGAAAAUCGGGUAGACAGAUUGGAACGGGUAAUCUUAGCGGCAUCAAAACAAUGUCAACGGCUGCAUGAAAUGGUCCUGAAACCUCCUGUAAAGGUUAAUGACCUUCUCCAUCUUAUUGCACAGUCAAAGCUUUCUCUUGUUGCAACAGCAAAGGCAUCUCCUGUUCUUAAUGCAUUGACAGAAUUCAAAAAAGAAACUAGUGGCUUAAUCGUAAUUGGACCUGAAGGCGACUUCACCGAGAAAGAAGAGAGUAUGAUGAUGGAAGCGGGUGCCAUAGGUGUUAGUCUCGGGCCACAUCGUCUAAGGGUUGAAACCGCCACAAUAGCACUUCUAUCAACUCUCAUGUUAUGGUCUGACUCUCACCGAAGCUAAAAGUUUUGUAUCACAUGACAUGUUUCUUAGAUAUCAUACUUCUAUUUAAUUUCAUUUAUUGGGGCCUAACUUGAAAUUCUCAAUUUGAAGUGGGGUAUAGAGAAUGAUAAAUGCAGGGAAGGUUGUGCAGAUCUCGGCUUUCUUUAACUGUGAGUAUUCGUCUUUAAACCUGUUGGUCAAUAUUAUACAACAAGAGCUGAAUUCAAAGUAUAUAAUGUUAUUUUAGGAAUCACAUAUUAUAGAGAAAA